GGAAACAUGUUCACAGAUUUCUCCUUUAUAAAGGAGGAGGAGGAAGAAGAAAGACUGAGCCAGAAGAACAGAGAUCAGAGGUUCCAAAGGGCCUGCCAGAGUUGCUUCUUCCUACAACAUAGAGAAGAACUCUGGGUACAGUUUCAUACCAGCUCCAGUCCCCUGUAUCAUCAUGCAGACCCUGCUGGGACUCUUCACCUGCUUGGUUCUUGUAACUACAGGCAACUCUUUGGAGUGUGAAGUUUGCUCUGCCCUUGGCACCAGUUGCACAGGCAGCACACAGACCUGCGAGGCUGGCAAAGAUACCUGCAUCAUCACUAUGAGUGAACAUACUCUAGUUGGAUACACAAUGCAGAUGAUUGACAAGGGCUGUGCGUCUUCCAAUGUCUGUAAGCACGGACCAAAGUAUAUGGAUUUUGGGCAGGGAAAACAAUUGAGAUCAAUCGUCACUUGUUGUGUUGGGGAAGCCUGCCGAACAGCAGCUCCUCAGUUGCCUCUGACCAUCACCAAACCCAAUGGGAAGCGAUGCCCGGCCUGCUACACUUCAUCACCCGGCGCUUGCAAGGAUGAGGAGACAGUGGCGUGUGUUGGACCACAGCAAAGCUGUCUCGAUUUAGCUGUGACUGUCACUUAUGGAACUAUCGUGGUCAACACUGCUCAGAAGGGCUGCGUCAGCAAGUCAGUUUGUGAUGAUUUAAGAAGAAAUGAAACAAACGUAUUUGGAGUUCGGUCUGUUGUCACCAAGGCUGAAUGCAAAGCACCACUUACCCAGGCUGUCCUGGGAUUUCUCUUCUUUGCUGUUUUUCUAAGUAGAGGCACCUCUCUGGAAUGUGAAAUUUGCACUGGCAUUGGCAGCAGCUGUACUGGCAUGAUGAAGAGCUGUGAUGCUGGCCAAGACACCUGUGCCGUCACGUUCACCGAAGUCUCGUUAGCUGGAACGACCACGCAGUCGGUGGUGAAGAACUGUGAAUUCUCCAGUGUCUGUAACUUACCCCCGACAUAUAUGAAUGUUGGACAGGGGCAAUAUGUAAAGUCACAUAUUGCCUGUUGCAUGGGGGAUGAUUGCAAGACAGCCUUUCCUCAAUUUCCACCAGCGAUGGACAAACCUAAUGGCAAGCGAUGUCCGGCCUGCUACUCUUUCUUCUUUGGUGGGUGUGAAGCAGAGAUGGUGGAUUGUGUUGGAAUCGAGGACUACUGCCUUGAUAUGGUGGAGAAAGUAACCUACGGUAAAUUCACAAUCAACAUCAUCAUGAAGGGCUGUGUUUCUAAACCUGUAUGUGCUGCAAAAGUGGGUGAAGUCACUGUUGCAGGGGCUCAUUCUGAUAUCACAAAAGCUGAAUGCACACCAGCUUCCGUUGCAGCUUGAAUUAAUUGUCAGCCACCCUACCGCCUCCUGGCUAUGCUGUGAUUAGAGAUUCUGUUAUAUUCUAACUACAUUAGGUUGCAAGGAGAAUGUUUCUGAGAAGAUAAGAAGACCAUUGCUAAAUCAGACCAAAAUCUCAGGAAAGCUGUUCCCUUUCUGCUUGUGAUCUUCUCAAAAGCAACUUCCUCCUAUAGAGGACAUUGAUUGCUGCUUUGUGUUGUAAAGUGACGUCUAAUAAAA